AUGGCUGCCUACACAUUCCAACUGAGACGAGCGGAGCCGCCGGGUUUUUCGUUUCAGAUAGUAAACACGAACUUGGAUGAAAUCAGUCCUCGUGCCCGUAGGCGAAGUGCUUUGCUCACAUGGCAACACAUAGCAUCAUUACCUCCCACCUUGCCCGUUGUGUACUGUGGUGGUUUCAACACACAGAAAGAAUCAACAACCGGGCGAUUUCUGUUGGGCAGAUCCAGAGAGCACGGUGUGGUAGGGGACAUGAGAGACGCAUGGCCAAGUGCCCGAGUACGAAAGAAUGUCGCCCUCAUAAGAACUUAUCACGAUUUCAAAGGUGACAAGCAGGGAACGGUCGAGUUCUUGAAGCUAAUAUUCAGAGCUCUAUGCCUCUGCUGGGACCGACAGACACAAGAUCUACACACGGAUUGGAUACUGUACAGAGGUAGGUCUAUAGUUCCCGUGAUGUGUGAGGUGGUAAAUGAUAAAAUCGACGAGUUGUAUCCUUCGUCUCACUACCCUGUGUUCGCUGAGUUUAUGCUUCCUCGUUCUGUAAGAAUGCUUGAACCCACUCCUCCUGUUCCUGCUCCUGCUCAAGAGGAAAGCUAG